GCAUCAAGAAAACAAACACAAGCAGCUGGUUAGCCUACUGCAAAAAGCACCGACAAAGAAGCACGAGGAGAAACAAAAAUGGCCCCCUCCUCCUACUUCCUUCUUGCUGUUUUUCUAGCAUUGGUCGCUUGCCAGGCUAAUGCUUCCGAUCCUAGCCCACUCCAGGACUUCUGUGUAGCUGACAAGCACUCUCCUGUGAAGGUGAAUGGGUUUGCUUGCAAGGACCCCAUGGCCGUGAAUGCAGAUGACUUCUUCAAGGCAGCUAAACUUGACGAGCCUAGGAACACCGCGCAUAGCAAGGUGGGAUCUAAUGUCACAUUGAUCAGUGCCUUGCAGCUCCCUGGUCUCAACACUCUAGGCAUCUCUCUAGCUCGCAUUGACUAUGCACCCCUAGGUGAGAAUCCACCACACACCCACCCACGUGCCACUGAGAUCCUAACAGUGCUUGAGGGAACUCUUUACGUUGGGUUUGUCACCUCCAACCCAAACAACACGCUUUUUGCAAAGAUCCUCAAUAAGGGUGAUGUGUUUGUAUUCCCACAAGGGCUCAUCCACUUCCAGUUCAACCCCAUCCACGACAAGCCAGCGGUUGCACUCGCUGCGCUCAGCAGCCAAAACCCUGGGGCUAUUACCAUCGCUAAUGCGGUCUUUGGAUCAAAGCCACCAAUCUCGGAUGAUGUGUUGGCCAAGGCAUUCCAGGUGGAAAAGGGGACAAUUGAUUGGCUCCAGGCUCAGUUCUGGGAGAACAACCACUACUAAACUAAAUCAAGCACGGGUUUCUUUGUAUGGAAAGUUUGGUUGACAUGCAUUUUGCAAACAACUACUUGUUUCUAGUUUCUACAAUCUGAAAGUUAUGUAAAAUAAAUGGCAGUAUUUAUAUACUGCUACUGUUGCUGUGUGCCUACGAGAUGUACUGUCCUGUUUGGGAUACAUAUAUUCAUGUACGGGAAGCUUAUAUAAAAUUAACUUAUGGACCCGGUUUUAUCUAUGAAAAUAAAUGUUGUAGCA